AUGGAAGAGAAAUUAAUCGAAGCCGUGCGGAUUCGCCAAAUUCUGUAUGAUAUUAGUCAUGCAGACUACAUGAGAACGAAAUUAAAAACUGAAAAGUGGGGGGAAAUCGCUAAGGAAAUCGGAAUGAAGAGUGGAUCCGAAGCAAAGUCACUAUGGGAAAAACUACGACAUUCAUUGAGAGAUGCGAUUAGACGACAAAAAAAAUGUUUCAAAAGUGGAGCAGGCGCGGAAGUUGUGAAAGAAUGGAAAUUUCAAAAACAGAUGGGAUUUCUGCAGCCUUAUAUGGCCAAUAAAUCUAGAGAAGGAAACCUCCAAGACAAUGAAACUGAAAAUAUAUCACAAGAUUUUGAAGUCAAUGAAGAAGCUGUAGAGGUAGACAAUGAAAAUUUGCAGCAAAUGGACAUAGAGCAGCAAAGCGAAAAUGUGGAGGAUGAAUCCCAAUCUCAAACACUUUCAGAAAAACUUCCUACAAUGCGUACGUCCAGUGCAACCCCCAAAGCAGUUAAAAAACUUAAGAAAGAUAACGUUGCUACACUAUUUAAAGAAAGCAUUGAGAAACGUGAGGAGAGGGCUAAAGCAAGAAUGGAAGAGAGAAGAACUUUGCUACAACAAAUACAACCAACUCAAAAUGACCCCCUAUUUAAUUUUUUUAUGGCAAUGUACCAGUCUACCAAACGAAUGCCACCCUCAUAUCAACACAUGGUUAAAAAUCGUUUGUUCAACGAAGUGUCACAAGCGGAAGCCAUGUUACUGGGCAUUAGUUCUCCUGUCCACCAGCAGCACAGCCUUGAUCAGCAGCAGCCCUACUACCAUACUCUACAUUCUGUUCCUGCAGCCACCCCAUCUAGCAGCAGAGCAUCAACAUCAACCAGUUUCUAUUCGGAACAUUCACUCUUAAGCUCAUUUGAUAUUCAUAGGGAACAGAACGACUGCCCUACGGGUAACACUGGAGACGAACUGAUUAAUCACUAA